AUGUCUGAGGAGCCCAAGACCAAGGUGUCAAAGACAAGCUUGCAAGCUAAUGAAGUACUCAAGACGCAAAUCGAAGCCUCUAUUGGCGUAGCACGAUCUCUGGUGAAUUCGUGGUUACCAGCACCCAAACCAGGCGAGAAACUUGAGGACGAUGACAGCGACACCGAGACCAUGAAUCGAUACUCGACCGGGCGACCUGACAGGCUUGGAUUAGGUGCCAAAUUCUUGUCGCAUGCAGAGGCAAUGAAACACCAGACGCAAUCGCUGUCCAAGCAAGAGAUGCAGCUUCGUAACAAGAUCGUCAACCAAAACCAGCGAGCGACCAACGCAUCCACAAUUGGCAAAAGGUCUCGUGACCAAGACAACGACAAUGAUGAUGAUGAUGAUGACGAUGAUGACGAUGAGGAUUCAAGAACUAAAGUGGUCUCUGCACGUGGUAAAUUGACAUCUCGUCCAAGUGAAUCAAAGACCAAAGACACUGGUAGCCGAGACUUUUUAUCCAUGUAUUCUUCUGGGAAUGGAAAUGCUGGCAAAAAGAAGAGGAAAAGAAAACCAAGAUCCAAACAAGCAAAGCAAGGAAAGGAAGUGCAGGACGCUUAG